AUCAUUUGGCUACGUGUACCCGGUGUGUGGAAAGUGUUCAGGUGUCUCCCCUCUGCUGGAUAACAAGCUGCCAUUAAACCCCAAAACCUUAAAGGAGUGAAACCAUGGGAGGAUCGCAGAGUGUGGAGAUACCGGGAGGAGGCUCCGAGGGCUACCACGUCCUCCGAGUCCAGGAGAACUCCCCUGGACACCGUGCAGGACUGGAGCCUUUCUUUGACUUUAUCGUCUCCAUCAACAACACUAGACUGAACAAGGACAACGACACCUUGAAAGACUUGCUGAAAGCCAGCGUGGAGAAACCAGUUAAGAUGCUGGUUUACUCCUCAAAGACCCUGGAGUUGCGGGAGUCGACAGUCACCCCCAGCAACGUGUGGGGGGGGCAGGGCUUGCUUGGUGUCUCAAUCCGUUUCUGCAGCUUUGAGGGAGCCAAUGAGAAUGUCUGGCAUGUGCUGGAAGUGGAGCCUAAUUCCCCAGCAGCCCUCGCAGGUUUGCGGCCGCACACUGACUACAUCAUUGGAGCUGAUACUGUUAUGAAUGAGUCAGAGGACCUUUUCUCUCUGAUAGAGAGCCAUGAGGGGAAAGGCCUGAAGCUCUACGUGUACAACACAGACACCGAUAACUGCAGAGAGGUGAUCAUCACACCUAACAGUGCCUGGGGAGGAGAGGGCAGCCUUGGAUGUGGGAUUGGCUAUGGAUACCUCCACAGGAUUCCCACCAAGCCUUUUGAGGAAGGGAAGAAGAUCAGCUUCCCUGGGAACUCUCCCAGUGAGCCCGUCAGUCCGCUGAAGGAUGGCUUCACGGAGGUUCAGCUUUCAGCAGUGACCCCUACUCCUACUGCACCUGUUGUCUCCUCUGGCCUUGAAGAUUCACUGUCAGGCCUGUCAAUCAGCACAGCCCCGCCCACCAUGCCCAGCGAGCUGCAGACAGGUUUGCCCACAGUGCCUCUGCUCCCCUCCUCCACCAGCCCCACCCUCAGCCCCCUCACUCCACUGAAUCCUGCCUCAACUAGCUUCAACCCCGCCACCACGCUACCAGGUCUGAUGCCACUCCCAGGUGGCUUACCUCCACUCCCUAACUUGCCCAACCUCAACCUGCCGCUUCCAGACCUCAGUGCCAUGUCACUAGCAGGCACCAGAACCUUACCACCGCCAUUAGGAACCUCAGCAUGCCCACCGCUGUCCUCUUUCCCGCCCCUCAACCUCCCAGGUCUGGCCCCCUUACCCCCUCUACCGACCAUGCUGCCCUCCCAGCUGCCUCCUCUCCUCCCUCAGGCAGUGGCCCCCGUCCUGCCCAUUUCCACCACCACCACUCCUGCAGCCUCAGUCACAGUCACGGCAGCAGCACCAGCGACAGAGGCCGCAGUCGAUCUCACAGCCCACACGGAAGCCGCCUCUACGAACGCUACGGAAUCGCCGCAACCCACGGAAACGACACUAACGUUGUCUUAACCUGGGAAGAAAGAUCCCGCUUGCCAUCAAACCAAAACACACACCUGGUUUCUCUCUUACCCCGUCUGUCUUUCUCUGUGUUUUUCUAUUUAUUUGGCCAAGAGGGACAGGCAGACAGCUGCAUUAGUUCAGACACAGGUGUGCAUGCUCCGUUUAUUGGUAAAGAAGCUUGUGUGGAGCGAUGAAGGAUGAAUGGAUAUGAAGAAUGGAGGACGGAUGUAGACUGACUUUACCAACAUGUCUUUAUUACCUGAUUGUCAUGGAGCUUGCCUAAGCUGCUGUAUGUGGAGGGCGAGGUCUACUCUUCGCUUUGUAGUUUGUCUUCGCACUUCUGCAGUUACAAGGCAAAGUACUAUCUUAGGACCACCCCCCCUUUCUGAUCUGGCAAUCCUCUCUUUCACAUAGUGUUUGUGUUUUUUUGUUUUUUUUUUUAUAUAUCUAAACAGUGUAUGUUAAUAGGGCUGGAUGAUAAAUUGAAAUUACUUGAUUACUACCUACAUCACAAUUCUCCUUUAUAUAUAAACUGCAAUAGUUACAACUAAUGACAUCUAAGUAGAAUUUCAGACAACCAGUCAGCUCACAGUCCAGCCCAGGGGUUGGGACAAAGAUAGCAGAUUGGGCCUACAAGAGGGAAGAAAUAUUACACGCUGCUGUAUUAAACCAUAAAUAAAGGUAAAUAUGAAGUCAUCAUAGUUUUUUUGGUCUUAUCAUCCAGCCCAGCAUGUGUAAACUUUUUAUUAGUUAAUAGACCCCCUGACAAAUAGAUUCAUUUGAUCGACAUGUAUUAAUUUUUGUUGAAAUUCCUGUAUGAGUAUGUUCACCCAAUGAAUGAAUAUGCAUUAUUUUGCACCACCUUUGUGUUUUGAAAUUAUUAUUCUGUCCCUGUAUGUCUCCAUGUAUAUCCAUAACUACAGUACCUGUCUCUACCACACAGAGAUUAACAGCCGGAAGGUCUUGCCAGGGGGGACAGAGGUUUGACAGUUAUGAGCUACUGAAUGGAGUGUAUAUGCUUGCUGCUGGGGGAUCAGUUGGCAGGAGUACAACAUGAGUGCGGGGUUAUUAAAUAUAUAGGUCUCCCCCUGGCAGGGCUGAAGCAAAUUGAUAGGCAGUGAUGCAGUACAGCCACACGGUGUCACUGUCACUUUCUGAAAACAUCCACACUGUGCACAGAGCGAGCAAUAAAGCCAAAUGAAUUUUA